UGAAUGUCAAUGGCUUGAAUUAUCUCACUGAGAGCUGCAAUUUUUGAAGCAACAUCAGUCUUCUUCAGGUUUUCCGGCUGACAAGUCAUACAAAUUAGAAGCAAUGCACGUCUCAGUUAUUUUAACAUUAUUAACAAUAUUCAUUGUUAGAUCUUCAUCUCAAGAAUGCAAGGGGGAUAGCUGCCAGUCCCAGUGCGAUUCCUAUUGCUUUGGAGUCCUGAAGCCCUGCAUGUCGAACCUCGCUGCCCUGCAAAGGAGGACAGAAUCCUGUGAGGCAGCCGUAACUCUUGCCAGACUGGCCCUCAAUGACAAAAGACUAGAGACUUUUGGAAGUCCUCUGUCCGUGUCCAACGAUAAGGAUAACAGCACCCAGUUGGAAUUAGCCUCCACCCCCCGAUCAGUCCGCAGAGGAAAUAGUACAACUUUUGAGAAACUCGGAUCUAAAUACUAUUACGUCGAAAAGGACCAAAAGGUUAAGUGGCACGUGGCACUGCAGAAAUGCCAUGAAAUGGGCGGACAUUUGGCCAACCUAAGGCACCAGGAGGAUUUGGAUACCAUCAAAAGGAAGCUGGUGAUAAAUGCACGGUACUGGAUCGAUAUCACUGACCAGUUUCAGGAGGGAAAGUAUAUAUCAAUGACCAAUGGAUCCGAGGCCAGCUUCUUAAAAUGGGACAACACAGAACCCACCAAUGAUGGGGACUGUGUGGACGUCAUAGCUUAUAAUGGGAAAGUGGCCAUGAAUGAUAAUUCAUGCUCCAAAGAAUUGUACUUUAUUUGUGAGACAUCCGCUAGUUUUUAAAAAUAAGAUCAUAAAUAGUAAUUUCUGUCUAUAUCUAUUAUGUUAAUCUAUUACUGUUUCUGCAUUAUAUCAUGUUUUAUUUAUUAUAAUAAUAAAUAAGCCCACAGUCAAUAGAA